AUGUUCAGCUUCUUCCGCUCCCGAUUUUUUGAUUUUGAGCUUAUUCGCAUCCUUGGGAGCACUCCCUUUGGUGGAUGCGACAUUGCGGAAUUCCUCGAAGCUAUUGACAAGAUCAAAAAACAUGAUGCUGAAAGCUGGUAUCGUGCAUGGUACGAACAAGGCGAACGGGUGGAAAAGAUAGCGCAGGAUGCGACUCGCGAUGGCCAUAAAGCUCCUGCCCGGCGAGCGUAUCUGCGAGCCUGCAAUUACUUUCGUGCCAGCUCAUACAUGCUUCCUACCUCCGAUGGGCGAAGUCUUCCUAGUGCAGAGAGAUCGAUCCGAAAUUUCAGAAAAGCGAUUCCUUUGAUGGAUGAAACAAUCGUUGUACUUGAUAUACCUUAUGAGGAUGGCCUCACCUUGCCGGGAUAUCUUUACCUUCCAGCACCAUCGAAACGGAUUCCAGGCCAGAAAACUCCCAUACUUUUAAACUGUGGUGGCGCCGACUCGACUCAGGAAGAGCUCUAUUUCCUAUACGGAGCAGCGGGAACGGACCUGGGCUACGCAGUCCUUACGUUUGAAGGACCCGGCCAGGGCCUUGUUUUGAAGAAAGACCAAGUACCAAUGCGGCCGGACUACGAGGUGGUCACAAGCAAAGUUUUAGAUCAUCUUUCAAGCAUCGCCAAAGCGAAUCCGGACUAUUUCCUGGAUCUCGAAAAUAUAGCGGUUGCCGGAGCAUCAAUGGGCGCUUACUAUUCCCUUCGUGCGUCUACUGAUAGUCGAAUCAGAGCUUGUGUCGCAGUCGACCCGUUCUAUAGCCUCUGGUCUCUUGCCCUAACGCGCAUGCCCUCGCUUUAUGCCAACCUUUGGCAAGCAGGCUGGAUCCCAGAAUCGUUUUUCAACUGGUCCGUCCGCCUAUCGAUGGCUUUUGACUUUUGCAGUCGCUGGGAAUCUUCGCUUGGGAGUUAUAUGAUGGGCACUUCAACACCGGGCCAGACGCUUCGACGUUUUCAGGCUUUCACCCUUGAUGAUCCCGUAAAUGGAGGAAAGGUUACUGACCGGGCGAAAUGUCCAAUUCUUCUGACGGGUGCUGGGCAUGCAAUCUAUGCCUCUCCGGAUUCAAGCACUGUAUACAUAUACAAUUCGUUGAAGCAUCUUGAAAAGACACAAAAGGAAGUGUGGAUCCCGACCGAGAUCGGCGACGGUGGACUUACGGCCAAGGUCGGUGCAUGGGGCCUCUUAGCACAGAAGAGUUUUCAGUUUUUGGAUAAGCAUCUUGGCGUGAGAAGAGCUGGGCUUUCGAGUUAUCGCCUCGAGGUGGAGGUGUGA